GUUGUUGUUUUCCUGACAUCAGGAGCUGGUGGGGUGUCUGAUGGGAAUUGAAGAGACUCUGGUCCUCGUGCUCCUGCAGGAGUUUCCUUCAUAAAGUCUGCUGAUGGAGACCUCCUCCUCUGCUGUGCAGACACAGCUGCACUGCUGCCAGUAUCUGCUGCAUGCGCUGCACACCCAUGUCUAACAAAAGCCAUGUUCUGUCUCUUGUGCUUCCCCUGACCAGCUUCGGCAAUGUGUUGAUUUUCCUGUUCAACAUCUUCCUGGCUACGGCGAUCACCUGCCUGAACGUGUCUGUGUUUGUGUCCAUCCUCCUCAGCAGGGCGCUGCGCGGGGAGAACCGCUUCAUGUACAUGCUGAGCACCUGUCUCAGUGACACCUGCACAGGUGCUUCCUAUUACUACAUCGGGGUGUUUGACGUGACUGACAGCUCUGACUCCCCCACCAGAACGUUUUACAUCGCCCCCACCUUCCAGGGCAUCUCCUUCAUGGCUGUCCUGGCCGCUCAGGCUGACAGGUACCACGCUGUGGUCUCACCUUUCAAAUACUCUCAGCGCAUGACCCGAAACAGAACCCUGAUGGUCAUCUGCUCCUACUGGAUCUACGCCUUCUUCAUCGUCGCUCUGCAUAACUUGCUUCCUACUAUAAGUGCCAGACAGAUCACUAGUUUUGGUGGUUUGGCAGGGAACAUCCUGGCAAUCAUCAUCAUGAUAGGUUUCAACAUCAGACUGUUUAUUAUAGCCAAGUACCAGCUGGGGAAAGAGGCGCCCUCUGAUGAGAGGGACAGCAAACGCUCCUCUGUGUACCUCAUUCUGGUGGUGGCUGUGUUCUUCAUAGGAACCUGGGUUCCUUUUUUCUGUUGGGGCAUCAUUUGUUUUUUCGCUAACACCCAGUGUCACAGCUUCAAGAACGACGGCACGGAUCCGAUCCGCAUUCUACCUCGAGUGAACGCAGCUCUCACCCCCAUUCUGUACAUCAGAGGCUGCGCGGCGCUCAAAGCCUCGCUGUACUCCACUGUGUGCAGGGCCUGCUGCCAGAGAAGAGCUGGUAGGAGACCCGGCCCGUCCAAACACCCAGUUCUGCCUUAAGUCUGCAGGUGGAGGGAAAUGUUGGAGAUCAAUUAUUUGAUUUUUAAAGGGUUAAUUUGACAAAAGAAAAUAUAAGGGUACACUGAAAUUAGUUGUUAAAGCAAAUCUGAAUAAAAUAAAUAAUCAUUUUGGUCAAAUUUUGUGCAAGAAUUGCUUAGUCUGGUGAUUUAUUUUUAUUUAUGUAUUCAUUUAGCACAAAUCAAACAUGCAACAUAUAACAUAAAAAAAUAUAAAGGAGAACAAAGGAUAAAAUUUUACAUGGGUUAAUAGAAAAAAAUGAAUUUGCAGGGAGUGGAGGAAGUCAAAAGGUUUUUAAAAGGCCACCCCUGAAAAGAAGAUAAAAUAAAACAAAUAAAUAGAAAUAUUUAUAUGUAAAAUGCAAUAUAUAUAUUUGUAAAACAGUAAAGCAAAAUAUAAUUUUUUUCACCUUUUUACAUGAAUGUGAAUCUCAAUAGACGGUUUAAAAAUUAGAUUAUUCCAUGUAUUUAGCUAAAAGUCUGUUUUUUGUGUUGUUUUGUAAAUAAUAAGAUGUUGUUAUUCAGCAGGUCUGUAUGUGCAUUUCACAACUUUGGUCCAUGAAAUCUCAUUGAGAAUUGUUCAGGAUUUCUUUUGUAGAGGGGCAGAUGUAAUUUGGAAGCUUGUCAGGUCGGAUACUGGUGGAUUUGAUGGUUGAAGGCAAAGUAAUCGUUGACUCGGGAGGGCCUGUUGUUGUUGUAGAGAGCAUUAAAUACAAAUUUACAGGUCAAUAAUGUAUUGAAAUCAUAAAUGUUAAGAAGCUUCAGAUUAUUGAAUAUUGUUUUAAAGACUGCAAUUGAGUUGAUUUAGUUUUUAAUUAAAUGCUUGUAUGAUAUUUUGUCGUUUUUUGUCUCGUGCGUUCAUCAAUGGACCACCUUUGACCCCAGAAUAAAAAUAAAGCUGGAUCCUUAGAUGCCUCCAAGGUGCAAUUCACGCGGCAGCCACACGAUGUCAGCAGAGCACUUAGUGGCCAUCUCCAUGCAGGUCUACGUGCAAAGCACAACAAACUCAAAAAAUAGAAAAUAAUUUCUUCAAAUGUUUUUUUAUGAAAUGCAAAAUAAAAUAAAAAAAUUUCAAAAAUGUCAUGUUAUUUCCAAACACUAGUAGAUGAAUGCAUGAGGCUGAAACCUUUCCAGCUUUCCAUUGGAUGUG